UUGGCCGUUGCUAGCAUGUUGGGCUAAUAGCGUCUGUCGAUCGUUAGCUACCGAUAAAUGUCGAUGCCUUCAGAAAAAUCCAUUAAAUACAGUUGGAUAAUACAGCGGGAUACUUCCGGAUAUGUUUAAUGGGAGAAUUCAUGGUAAUGGGACAGCUCUGCCUGCCUUUUCUAACAGUGCAGAGCGUCUGUAACUGUUGCUAACUGAGCCAGUAAGUGCUAUCAAGCUAACUAGUGCUAACAUCCGUUUGCGCUUGGCUCGUAGCGUACAGUAAAACCAGGAAGGAGGGACCAGACGAUCGAGCAGCUUGGCCUCAAAGGUUGCUCUACUUCUGUGAACAGUAAUUCCUUACAGAUAUCCUCGUCCAGGCAUUGAAACACGAGGAAAAGGAAAGGAUUAUUAAUCCUGGUUUGAGCACAAAGAUGUCAAAGGCUCCAGGUUCUCCUGCUCGGUCCCGCUCAAGAUCAAGGUCAAGAUCAAGAUCUUACUCUAGAUCUCACUCUAGGAGUCGUUCCCGCUCAAGAUCCAGGAAACGUCGCUACAGUUCGAGGUCUCGUUCCCGCUCUCGCUCCCACUCUCCAUCCUACAGAAACUAUCCCACCAGGGACUAUCAGAGCAACAGAGGUGGCUUCAGAGGCUACAACCGAGGCUACCGGAGGCCUUACCACUAUCGUGGCAGAAACCGAGGCUAUUACCAACGCGGCCACUACCAGAACAGGGGAGGUGGUGGCGGUUAUGGUUACAAGUCCAAUUGGCAAGGUGGUGGUGGUGGAGGAGGAGGAGGGGGCUGGCAUGACCGCCACCAUGACCAGGACCACAGUCCCAGGAGAGGGCGCUCUCGUUCACGUACGCCCAGAAGGCGUUCGGGUAGCCGUAGCCGCUCUCGCUAUUCUGAUCGUUCGUCUUCUGGGAGAUCUCGACGCUCCAGGCGCUCCAGCUACUCUUCCCGGUCCCGCUCCGGGUCACCACGUCACCGGAGCAGCAAAGGCAAGCAGGGCUCUAAGAACAGCAAGGACAAACAGGCAGAAAGUCAAGUGGAGAAACCCGGGCAGGCAGCAGAUGGCAGUGCUAUCGAGAAAGCAUCGGGAGGUAAAUGGAUUGAUUAUGACGCCAGCCCCAAACAAACCCCCCCAGACUCUAAGAAAGAGGAUGCUUCCACUGGUCCUGACAGUAAAGGACCUGGGGGUGGGGGUCCUCUGUGGAAAACCAUCGGCAGUGCGUCCCCUCCACCAAAGAGCCCCACAAAGUCGGGACAAACAGCCUCCUUUGGAGGCUUCGGUUUCUUCUCAAAGGAGGAUGUCAAAGCUGGAGAUAAGACUGUGAUCUCUGCCGCCUUCAAAAAGUUCUUGGCAGAAAAUAAAAACAAAAAGCAAGCUGCUGAGAAGGAAAAUGGACGUGAAAAGGAGCAAAGCACCACGGACAGAGAACUGGACAAAGGAAGCAAGCCUGGAGACAUGUUCAACAUUUCCUCCACUUCUUUCAGUGAGUCCAAGGAGGACAAGACCAUGCCUUUCUUUGAUGCAGGAGAAGAAGAGUUCCUCAAGUCUCACGGGCUGAAGGAGGCAGACAUGGAGGAGGAAGAAGACGAGGUGAAACCCACCCUCACUGCUCGGGAUAUUUUUGGGAAGUGGGGAGACGAGCCGCCCUACUCGACGUCCUACCCGGUAGUCAAAGAGAAAAGCCGGAGAGAGGCUGAGGAAGCAGAGUCUGUAGAUCACAUGGAGGAGGAGAUGUACCGAAGCCGUAAGCACAGCUCCAAGAAAGAGGAGAAGUCCAAGAAGAAGGAGAAGAAAGAGAAGGAGAAGUCCAGAAGGAGUCCGUCCCCUCCUGCACCUUCCAGAGAGAAGGAGCGUCCUUUGUUCCCUGGAGCUUUCCCUCAUCAAGAGGGGUCACCGUCCCGACGCCUGUCUUCAUCAAGAGAGGAGUUUGAACUCAAAUAUGGUGCUUUAGAUGAAUUGCCAGGCGCCUCCCUCUCUAAAGAUCGCCUCAUGCCUCGAGAGUUGGUCAAUCCCUCUAAGAAGGAUUCAGAGUUUCGCUCCAUCUUCCAGCACCUUCAGUCGGCUCAGCUCCGUCGCAGCCCCUCUGAGCUGUUCGCUCAGCACAUAGUCUCCAUUGUGCACUACAUCAAAGCUCAACACUUCCACUCGUCAGACAUGACUUUAAGUGAGCGGUUUGCGAUGUACCAAAGAAAAGCUGCAGAGGUAGAAAUGAUGAAGCCAAGGAAGAGCCCAGAAAUCCACAGGAGAAUCGAUGUUUCCCCCAGUGCCUUUAAGAGGCACUCUCACCUGUUUGAGGAUAUGGACGAGUCGAGCUACAAGGAUUCAAGUCAUAAGUUCAAAGGCGACGUGAUGGAUCUGCGCCUGGAUAUUGAAAGGCGUAAGAGGUUCGGGAAGGACUACAAGCGCGAAGGCAGGAGCCCAGGAGGCUCCCGAGGGCCAAGCAGAGAGAGGUCCUCUGAGAAAUCUGGGAAACACCACAAGAAAUCUAAGAAGUCAAAGAAGAAGCGAGAUCGCUCCCCAUCCUCCUCUUCCUCCUCCUCCUCUCCAUCCCCUUAUCCUCCACCCUACAGAGGUAAAGAGUACAUGGGAGAGGGGAUGGAGCACCCGGAGGAGGGCUACAGUCACUCACGUUAUCCUCCUCGUGACUACGGAGGGCCCCCAGACAGAGGCCCCGGACAUUAUGAGGGCCACAACCCUGAGAGAGGCAGAGGUCGUGGAUUUUUCCCUAGAGUCAGAGGGAGAGGAUGGAACAGGGGGAAUUAUCCCGGCAACAACAGCAAUGGAAAUCCAGCCAAUAUGAAUCCUCAACAGCGCCCCCCAGAGGAGGAAUGGGACCCUGAAUAUACUCCCAAGAGCAAGAAGUAUUACCUGCACGAUGACCGCGACGGAGAGAAAACCUGGACAGACAACCGCGGAAGAGGCCGGGGCGCUUUUCCCACUCGCCGUGGACGCUUCGUCUACCGUAAAGGAGGCAGCAGCCCCAAGUGGACACACGACAUGUUCCAGGGCGGAGAAGAGAGGGGGCUUGGAGACGACAACAUGGAGGUGGAACGUAAAGAACAGAAGGGCGCUGGAGACGGGCCAGCCAUGAAGCAGUAAACCACUCAGUCUGUCAUGCUCACAUUCAAAACGAUCACAGCCAUGAUGAAGAGGCUAAUAGAGUUUUAUUCUCCUCUUCACGUAAUCUUAUAACUGUUUAAAAGGUUUAUAGUGUUCAGUGGCGAAAGACGUGACGUGAUUUAAGAGCAGCACUCUUCCUUUUGUAUGAGGUUUCAGCUGAAGUGUUCUUUUAAUGUAACGUUUGUUUGGAUUUAAUUGUAACUUUUUAAGGGAGAAUUAACAGGCAACAAAGAAAAAUGUUCUCUAAAAGCACGGGAAAAUGAGAAAUGCAUUUGUGCCUUAGAAAAUAUUAAUAACACAGUCACAUGUAAUGUGUUUGAGGUACAGCCCUGUCUAUGAGAGCUGUGUUUCAGUGUAGAGAGGCAUUAGACGAUGUCCAUUUCUCUAUUUUCUUUGUUUGUGUUUGGGGCUGCGAUAAAUCUUUAAUGUUACUGCAUGAAACAUAUGAUUGAUACCUCGCUCCACGGGACCAAUCAGUAGCGGGCUCAGGGCUCAAAAUAUCGCACAUGAAAGUAUCUGUUGAACCCCUGAACGGUUGGUUGUUUGUCCCUUAUGUUAUCUGAGCUCUUUCAUAUAGUGCCACUUCAACUAUACUUCUCAUCUGAAAGUAAAGACUUUGUAUGUAUGUGUGCGUGCUACAGUAUAUUCUCAGUGGUUGUGGAUGUGUUCAGUUUUUUUAAAAAGUCAUAGAAUUGUAAAGCAGUAAAGUCCCAAAAACAUGUAGGUUUUCAUCUUCAGUCACAGCCUCUUAGAUAACUCUACUUUAGUUUGAAUUAAAAACAGCGCCUUGUUUCAAAAGAGGCUAAUGCACGCACUGAAGUGUAGUUAUUUUAGGAUAACAAAGAGGGAAAUUAUAGUUCUUUUAAGUUUGAACCAAAAAAGAUCAAUUUAAGAAAAACCCAAGCAGAAAAUGAAGAGAAACCUUAAAAAAUGCUGACAAAAGAAAUGAAAGUGAAUAUUUUCAACACAAACUAGAAGGUCUAGUUUUAUGACUCUCAUUGUGCUGCUUUGUCCAACUUUGUACAUACUGCAUGUACUAAACAGAACUGUCUGUCUUUUGUUUGUUUCAUCUGAAAACUUUUUGUACUGCUCUCAAGAGCUUUGAAGUACUUCUGUCUUUUAAUUUUCUUUAGACUUUUUUUUUUUUCUCCAGGGCAAAUCUGUGAGUGAAUUUUGAGACAGACUGUAGAAAUGUUAGACAGCCCACUGUGUUUGAAUGGUUUGUGAUUUAACUCCUUUGUUAGGGGUCACACAAACCCCGCUGCAGUCUGUGUACAAAUCUGAAUAGUUGCUGAAUCAAAUUUUUCCUUCUGAUCUUAAUAAAACAAACAUGUUUAAAAGUG